AUGCUGCUCCCGUGGGCCGCGAAUUUUGGCGCCAAAUGCGGAGGCGUUCAGCUAGCAGCGGCGCAGACGGACUGCCCGCUGAUUGGUCAGGGCAUCGACCCGUACACGGCGGGGGUUGUGGCGGAAAAGCCCAAAGUGUUUCUCUCCGUGCAGCUCAAGAAACUCGUCACCGUCGACGCUGCAGCCGUGAAGUACAGCUACAUGGCGUAUUUCCAAGUCAUCUCCACGUGGCGCGACCCUCGAGUGAACGACACGCUGGCGAUAAACAACGCGGUGAACGCGUUCGGGCCGGCCAUCACGGGGCUGGCGACGGCCAAAUGCAAGCCGGACGUGACGUUUUCGGGGUUCAACAUCAGCCAGAAGGACGAGUGCCUCAAGACGCCCAAGCAGAACAACCUGCCGCAGAUGGACGGCUGCAGCAAGCCGUGCUCGCCGUCCGGCACCACGUGCUGCGACGCCCUCUGGAUCCCCUCGCUCACCAUCGACAACGUCCUCUUCUACCCCCAGGACCGCUUCCAAACCGGUAACGUCCUCUUCCACCCCCAACACCGCUUCCAAACCGAGAGCAUCUAUUUCUUCGGGCAGUACAGCAGCGAGGCCAGUGCGAUCGACAGAGAAGUCGUCGUUGGAGGUCCUCAUCCCAUUCUCUCCCCUCCUCUCCCCUCCUCCCUUCUCCUCUCCCUCCACCCCCCUCGUCUCCCUCCAUCCGCCUCCUCUCCCUCCAUCUCCCUCCUCUCACUCCGACCCCCUCCUCUCCCCUCCUCACCCUCCACUCCCCUCCUUUCCCUCCACUCCCUUCGCUCCUCCCUCCAACUACCGUCGCCUUUCCCUGCGUCCGUUGCAUGGCCUUGCCUUGCGUCUCUCUCCUUGACGCUGCGGCUGAGCAUUCAGGUGGGGAGCGGCGAGUUCUACCUGGUGGGGAGCAACUCGGGGCGGCAGUCAGAGCAGGGGGGCGGGCAGCUGGGGGGAGGGGGAGGCACGUACGUGAAUGAUGAGGUCACUGGCUGGAAGAUUAAUGAUGUGGCGCUCAACUGCACUCCCGCCCAAACUACCGUCUCCACCUCCGCCAACUAUGAUCCUGAUGACCCCUGGUACACGUUCAAUCAGAACUCACCAUCAGACAGCGGCAGCAGCAGCAACGUCAACGAGUCCACAUCGUGUGUGUUCACCAUCCAGAUCUCGCGCACCAGUGGCGUCUUCAUCAUCUCGAUUAUGGUGCCUGUGACGCUGAGCGUGUACCUCUGCUUCUCCGUCUUCUUCGCUCGCCCUGACGACCUUGAGACUCGGUCCGCUACCUUUGUCACGCUCUUCCUCGCCCUCGCAGCCGUGCAGUUCGUCAUUGACAGCCAGCUGCCGCGCUCAUCAGUGAUGACACAGUUUGGCUGUCUGGUCAUCAUCUCAUACGUCUUCAUCGGUCUCACCGCCGUGGAAACCCUCAUCGUCUACCUCAUUGCUGAACGGCUGGAGAAGGACGUGGUGGAGACGGUGGGGGAUGUGGUGGAGACUGUGGGGGACAUGGCAUCGGCUUCCACACGGGCCAUGCACACCUCGAUCUCUCUUGCUGAGCCAGAGCUAGAGCCAGAGCCAGAGCUAGAGCCAGAGCUAGAGCCAGAGCUAGAGCCAGAGCUAGAGCCAGAGCUAGAGCCAGAGCUAGAGCCAGAGCUAGAGCCAGAGCUAGAGCCAGAGCCAGAGCCAGAGCCCCAAAGCCCACAGAAGGUGGCGAAAACAUGUGCGUUCGGCAAGGCUGGCGGCGCAGGGGAGGAGAGUGAGGAGCUUGUGACGGAGAAGGACGACGAGGAGGUGGGAGGCGGGAACGGUGCAGCCAGCACUGGAGGAAAAAAGCCGUCAUUAAAGAAAGCUGUCACUUAG